AUGUCCUAUGAGACUGUUCAAACACAGAAUGGAGCUAUCACUGGCCACCGCGCACUGAAUGCUAACGAUGUUUGGGAGUAUUUAGGAAUUCCUUAUGCCCAGCCGCCGUUGGGCGACCUACGAUUUGCUGCACCCAAGAAAUAUGAUUUGAAAUAUCCUUACAUAGCAAUGAACUAUGGAUUUGACUGCCCGCAACAAGCUGCGACCCAGCCCAAGUUUCCAAGCUUCACUACCCAGGCCCUUCGAAUUCUGAACUACUUUACAAGUGCCGCUGGUACACAGCGAAGCGAGGACUGCCUAACAUUGAACAUUUGGACAAAACCAUCGAUGAAGUCCAUGAACUCGGAUAAACCGGUUUGGAUCCUUUUUCACGGAGGACGUUUUGCUGGAGGUGGAUCGAACACGCCCUUUGCCAACGGUCAGCAUCUGGCCAAUGCAGAGGAUAUAAUUGUAGUCUCAGUCAACUACCGUUUGAACGUGUUUGGUUUCCCUGGUGCACCAGAUGCUGGUACAAAUCUUGGCUUGCGAGAUCAGCGUCUUGCAGUUGAAUGGCUUCAAGAGAAUAUCAGAGCAUUCGGAGGGAACCCUAAUCACAUGGUUAUUGCUGGACAAUCUUCGGGUGGUGUUUCAGUGAACUGGUGGUCAUAUGCGUAUGAGCAGAACCCGAUUGUCCACGGCCUCAUGUCUACUUCCGGAACCGUGUUCAGUUUCCCUUUGAACAAUCUCCAAAAGCAGAGAGACAACUGGAACAACCUCACCAAUGCCGUCGGUUGCGGUUCUUUAAGUGAUACUCUCGCUUGCAUGCGUGGGUUACCAUGGGAAACAAUUUCCUUGGCUGCAGCCAAGAUCCCAGUGAGCUCAGGAGGAAGUCCAGUACGGUCUACACCACCUUUCUACCCCGUUAUCGAUGAGGAACUCGUAUUCAGCGAUUACAAGGCACUUGCCAAAGCCGGUCGCUUUGCCCGGUUACCCUAUUUUCUCGGUCACAAUAACAAUGAGCAAGGAUACUACGUAAUUCCGGCAUUUGCAGCUGGACGUAACAUCACAGAGGCACAGGCCUCUCAAUUUUUAUUAGAAUCUUUUGUCUGCCCUGUAUCGUACGAAGCUAAAAAGCUUGUCAAUAACAGCAUUGCAACCUUUGUUUACCGAUACUACGGCGACUGGGACAACACCCGCCUCUACCCAGCUAGCGGUGCUUACCACGGUUCUGAGCUGCACAUGAUUCUUGGAGGCUCAGAGGAGACUAGUGGACUCCCUGAGACAAAGGCUCAGAAAGAUACCGUUAAGCUUUUUCAAAAAGCAGUAGCUGAAUUCACUGCAGACCCUGACAAUGGUCUGAUCGACAACUUGCGCUGGCCACGAUUCAACCCAACGACUGAGACAUGGGCUGAGAUCGCUGUUAACAAUACCCCGCGACUUAGCUUUACCAAGGCAGAGAAGUAUGACAAGACGUGCCCAUUAAUAACCAUGGGGGCUUUAUCUGUCGAAUGA